AUGUGGAAUUUACGUGGUCCUCAUACGAUUGCACCCAACCUUGAUAAAGAUUACAUUGAGGAUUUUAAUCUUUUGUUUGGUGUUUCUUGGUUUGUAUAUUCAAAGCUCAUCGACUUUAUUCUUUCAGAUGGCCACGAAAAUUUCUUCACUUUAAAGAUACAUCAUGGUGGAUCUUUUACAAAGUUCCCCGGAAGAAAUUACGUUGAGGGAAGGUUGUCAUUCUUUGACUUUGUUGACACUGGUCUUUUUUCAGUUCAUGAUCUAAAUGAUAUGAUUCAUGAGAUAGGGUAUUCUAAGGAUGACACAAUGUACUAUCAUUAUAGAAUUCCUAAUCUAGACUUAGAUUUUGUAUUGAAGGCUCUAGGAAAUGAUCAAGACGUUAUAUCUAUGGCUCAAUAUAUCCCUCAAAACAGAGUGAUUAAUGUGUAUGUUGAACCUGGUUCUAGAAGACUUCACACUUACUUCAUGUCCCCAAGUAAAGUUGUUAUUAAGUAA